UGAUGACGAGUGACGGCUGGUAAACAAUGUGUCUGUGUUUUAAGUGGACGAGUUAAAGGGAAAGUGUGUGUCUGUGUGUGUUGUGGUCACCAUGGUCUUCCUCAGACGGAGGACGCUGCUUCGCUACCUGUUCCUGUCGGCCAUGUUGGCUCUGCUCCUCAUCAUCAGCUCCUUCUGGCUCCCUCAGGGUGGAGUCGGCGAGUGUGGCAGUGCCGGGCAGCCAUGUUUGAGUUUUUACCACCUCUCGCCCGAGCCUCCAUUGUUACCUGCGGAGAGGGCGGGGCCCAGUGAAGCCCCGCCCCUCAUAAAGGAGUGUCCUGGCCAAUCAUUUCAGGCCUGGCGUCUGCUCCAGUAUUUAAAGUCCAGCCUGGCGGACGCUGACGACAUCCUGCUGGAGCCGUACCUGCAGAGCUGGGAUCAGCUCCUCAACUUCAUGGAGUCUCUCGGGACGAUGGUCAGUUUGUUCUCUCAGAAGGUGAAGGAGAAGGUCGUACUGAUACGAGAGCUGUCACUCAAACACAGCGCAGAGGCUCAUGGGAAACGUGGUCCGUCGGACAGCUCUGGACUAAAAAAAGGGGCGUAUCGCUCGGUUCGGUCCAUGGUGGGGGCGGAGCUAAAGGCGGGCUUGGUGGACUUCACCUGGCGAACAGAUUCAGGGUGCAGGACGCUGCUGCGGCUGCAUCGAUCUCUGCUGUGGUUGAAGCUCAUGUUGGAGGGUUUGACUGAAGGACCGGACGCCGAAGGUCGAUACAAAACACCUGGAGAGCUGGGCAGGGAAGCCUACAAGGUGGCGUUGGCCCCCCACCACCCCUGGAUGUUGCGUCAGGCUGCAGAGGUCGUCUUCCUCGCCCUCCCGGACAGACAGUACUUCCUGCAGCUGGUGUGUGUGACGAACCAGGAGGAGGCUGUGCCCGUCCUGCACACCAUCAUCCACGCCCUGAUGCUCGUACACACACAGACCCAGCGAAUCCUGGCAGAACACAACAUGCUGGAACUGCCCUGAACGCAGCACAUCGACGCAGCAUGUCAACGCAGCACGUCGACGCCAUGACUGUACGCACAGAUAGACAAGCUUCCAGUCAAUGUGCGGAGAGCUUCAAGGACAGAAACCACCAACAGACGACAAAAACACAACGUAAAACAGUCCAAGGUUGUGCCGACAGUGGUGGAGGAAAUAUUCAGGUCCGUCAACAACGCGCUCUGUUACAAGCUGACCUUUGACCUUUUGGAUGUAAAAUGUCAUCACUUCAUUAUUUCAUCCUGUCAGACACUUGUGUCAAGUUUUGUCAUAAUUAGUGUUUGAAUUCUUCAGGUAUGGUCCAAAACAUGUUUUGUUAGGUCACACUGACCUUUGACCAUCAAAUUAUAUUUAGUUCAUUCUUGACUUCAACCAACGUUUGUGCCAAAUUUGAAGACAUACCCUCAAGCUGUCCUUGAGAUACUGCAUUCACAAGAAUGAGAAAGAUACAAGGUCAAAGUGACGUUUGAUCACCAAAAUCUAAACAGUUCGUUGACUCAAAGUGAACGUUUGUGCCAAAUUUGAAGACAGACCCUCAAGCUGUUCCUGAGAUACUGCGUUCACAAGAAUGAGAAAGAGACAAGGUCAAAGUGACGUUUGAUCACCAAAAUCUAAACAGUUCGUUGAUUCAAAGUGAACGUUUGUGCCAAAUUUGAAGACAGACCCUCAAGCUGUUCCUGAGAUACUGCGUUCACAAGAAUGAGAAAGAUACAAGGUCAAAGUGACGUUUGAUCACCAAAAUCUAAACAGUUCGUUGACUCAAAGUGAACGUUUGUGCCAAAUUUGAAGACAGACCCUCAAGCUGUUUCUGAGAUACUGCGUUCAAAAGAAUGAGAAAGAGACAAGGUCAAAGUGGCGUUUGAUCACCAAAAUCUAAACAGUUCGUUGACUCAAAGUGAACGUUUGUGCCAAAUUUGAAGACAGACCCUCAGGCUGUUUCUGAGAUACUGCGUUCAAAAGAAUGAGAAAGAUACAAGGUCAAAGUGACGUUUGAUCACCAAAAUCUAAACAGUUCUUGACUCAAAGUGAACGUCACAAGAAUGCGAUAGAUGGACGGAUGGCCUGAAAACAAAAUGGCUCCAGCCACGUAAAUUACUGGCGCAGAGGCAUGAAACUGUGGUUAAAGACUGAUUGUUAAAGUUUUUUAUAUGACGUCAUCAGAUGAUUGUGACUGAUGCAUUCACGCACAGUAGGAUUUUACUGUGGUAGUUCGUUGAGGUGGAGCUUAUUAUAAACUAUUUACUAAUGACUGUUUUCAUUAUGGAUUAAUCUGCUGAUCAUUUUUUCAAUUACGAUUGGCUGUUUGAUGAGACACGUUUGUCACAA